GCGCGCGGGCGCUGCCGCCGCUGGCGGUGCCAGAGGGGGGCGGCCGCCGAUUUCGCGGGGUCUUCGCUGGAGUCGCCGGGCUGUCCAUGGAGCUUCGGCGCAGAGGGAUAGACGCUACUACGAUGCCAAACUUCGACCCGCGUCGGGGGGCCGACGUGCAAGGUGCCCUGAAGCCCAUCAAACGACCGCACUUCCACUGGAUGCACUUUGCAUUUCCGCUUGGAACCUUCUGCCUCGCCCGGCGGGCUGGCGCUCGCGGCAGGGCUGGAGCAGUCAGAUCAGCGGCGCAGCCGGAGGGCGCUGCACCUCCGCGCCUCCGGCCGUGGAAGGUCCACGAGGACAACAGGCCGGCGCAAGUCGUCUGCAGGUUGGCGCGCGCCCAGGUGCGAGCGGGCGGCUUCUUCAGCAUCGAGAGCCCUGUCAUGAGUUUCUUGUGGCAUUUACGGUGCGUUCGAAAGUUGGCGAGCCUGCCGGGAGUUCGACCGCGCGACGGGGACCAGUGCAUUGGCGGGGGGCCAUAUCAGAAGCCGACCAGGUGGCUUACCAACGCCUCCUGGCUGGAUGCGCUGGAGCGCCGACGCCCCGGGGAACCGCAGCAUGCUAGACAUAUCCCUUUGACGGGGCACACGCUGCUCGCCGAUGGGUCGCUCGGGUUGCUGGCGGAGAGAGCGGCCGAGUACCCGUCCGCGCUCUGCAAUGUGAUCGCGGACGCCUACAUGGCGGUCGAGGGGCGCCACCAGCCCGUCAAAAGGGCCUUCAUCACUUCGGAGGGGGCGGUCGGCCCGAUGGAGCCCGAGGCGAAGAAGCAGCGACGCGAGAACGAGAAUGACACCUACAUCGGCGGCAUGGGGGACCCCCACCAGUCGCCAUUGCACACGCCUCGUUGGGAGCCGGUUGGCAGCCGCAUGCGGGCAGGACUCGACAACGCCUUGCGCGACCGGGCGGGCGUGGAGCAGCGCGCGUUUGAUACGCUCGGCGCCGACGAGGCGCCCGGGCUCCCAGAAGAUGCCCUCCGGUUGGCACGGGACAAAAUGCGGGGCAUUUUGACACGGGAGUUCGGGGCCGUUGACGGCAGCAAUCGCGAAGACGAGCAUGGGUCGAUUCAGGCGCACUUCAUCGACGCGUUGCGUCGCGCUGCAGACGACCCAGACACGUCGGCGCCGCGCUGGCUCAUGGCCCAUGCCCCCCUCGGGAUCACGAUGAGCAUCGAGGUGCACGGGAUCCCCCCUCCGGCCGGGCCGGAGCACGUGGCGACUGCGGCUCCAGACGAGCAGGGCGCGCGGCACCCUGCAGCGCGCGAGUUCAUCAACUACGCCUCCUUCGAGGAGAACUCCGAUUUGGCCGCGGCGGAAAUCGAGAAGGAGUGCGAUAUGGGCUACCUGGGUUGGUCGGCGGACGGGAGCGCUUUGGAGCUGGAGGUCGGCAAGUUGCACCUUUCCCGGAUCGCGGUCAUCGCGAAGGAGGUGAACGAGCGUGCCAAAGUCCGCUUGGUACGCGACUUGCGGCGGAGCGGAGCCAACGAGAUGGCGACAAUCCCUGAGCGAGUGGUUCCCCCUAGGAUCACCGACGCGGUGGAGUCGGUCCGGAUUGCGCCCCAGGACGCCGAGGGCAGCGACGAUUUCGAGCUGGCUGUCUUCAAUGAUGCUUUCAAGCAGAUGCGGGCCGAGCCGUCAGAGCGGCGCUUCUUGGCAGGCGCAGCCCCGCUUCGCGGCUCACUUGGCUUCUUCCGUUACAAGGCGCUGUUUUUUUUCGGAGCUACUGUUGGCCCGCUGAUUUGGGGCAGGGCGGCAGCUUUCCUCAUGCGGGCCACGGCCGCGAUGUUCGUUGCGGCGGAGCCUGCCGCGCAGCGCUACGCCCUCGGCUUCAAGAUGUCUUGGCGCAAGGCCGCCGAGGGGGUGAAAGUGGACUGGCUUGGGGCGUCGAUUGCGCUUCGGGCGGACGCCUCCCAGAAGACGACGACCAUUGCGGUCGCCAUUGCCGACGUGAAGAUGGAGAAGGCCUGCGCCGAGGUGGCCAAGCUCCCGCGCGUCUUCCCCGCGAAGUGCCAGUCCAGAACGUCGCAGCCCCAGAUCGGCUUCGAUGCGCCCACAACGGGAGGCGGCGCAUGGUUGCAGUGCGAAUUCGGCCGGUUCUCACUCUCGGUGGCACGGCGCCCGCAGGACGAGCGCCUUCUCAGAGCCCGCCGGCACGAUCCAGCAUCGCAGGCAAUCUGGGAGACCUUCGCGUUUCUGAUCGCCGUCUGCACCUGGCGGCGACUGCUGCCCCGCUGCGCUGGAUCCCUCGUCUUGUGGGGCGACGCGAAGGGCGUGAUCCAGGCAGUGCUGCGCAG